AGGCUGUAGCCGUUCUGGCUCAAGCUAGCCUUGGGCGCCAGGCAGGCGGUGCGCGGCGUGUUUUCCCUGUAGAGUCCCGUCGCCCCGGCGUGCACAGAUGACCGGCCCAGUCUCACUCUCCUCCUGCGCGGCAGAGGCGAUGACUGCGGUCCUCCCCCCUGCAAGGCUGGCCAGCUGUGCAGGGGGUGGAGGCCCUGGCCUGCGCUGCCGUGCGCGGCGCGGCGGAGGGCGGCGGCCCCAGGCAACACUCGGCGGCGGCGGCGGCGGCGGUGGCUGCGACCGUGGCGGCGGCCAGGGCGCGGCCCCCUCCCGUGGCUGAGCAGGGGCUCGGCGCCGGCGUGGAGGGGGAGGCCAGGAUCGACUCAGGAGGUUCGGCAGCGGCUGGGCCUCAUCGAGGUGGAGCUCCGCGCGCGGUGCCACGGAGUUCGUCAGGACCGGGACGGCGCCUCGUUCGGGGCGCUGGCUCGUCGACCGCGGCACCCACGUCCUCUGCGGCGCGGCCAAGCAUGCCUUCGACGAGGAGGUGGCGGCGCUGACGCCCGCGGUGGCCCGCCAGGAGCAGCGCCGUGCGCGGCAGGCUCCGUGCGGGGCAGGCCGCGGCCGAGGGCGACUCCGUCGGCGAGCCCAGCGGGAGGUCCGACGCAGAGCUCGACGCGGAGGCCUGUAUCCAGGAGCUCGAGGCGGAGCGCAUGCAUCUCGUGGAGGAGCGCGAUGAGCUCGCGGAGGAGCUCAUGGAGACCAGGGCCCUCGCCUGGGAGCGCAAGCGCGCGGCGGCGCCUGCUCCCUCGCUUGCGCCCGAGGUGGUGCAGCUCGCAGAGGGACGCGAUGAGCUCGUGGAGGAGCACAUGGAGACCAGGGUGGUGGGCCCUGUGGUGGUGGGCCCCAUCCCGCCAUUCCCAGUGUUCGGGGUCGAGGACUCCGUUGGGGAGAAGGACACGGUGAAAGUCACGGCCGACCUCAGCAUUGGGGAUGGGACUCAGGCCAGUUUCGACCUCGAGGGCGUCUUCGCGCUGGCCCAUGGGCUGCCUGUGGACAUCCGCGAGUCGGAGUGCAUGUGUCGGGGGCCUGAGGGUUCCGAGGGCCAGGAUGGCCAGUCCGGUCCAUGCACUGCGGCUCCGGCGUGUCUGUGUGCUGGGCCCGAGGGCCCUGGGGCCAUCGAGCAGAAGGAGCACUGCUGGGAGGCCACGGUGGCGGCCAACCCGGAGGCGCACGGCCAGGCGGCGGAGGCGCAGGAGCGCCGUCACGCUGAGAGGCGGCUCGAGCGCGACGUGCUGCUGCUGGAGGGCGAGCGCGUGCGCUGGGCCGACGUGGAGGACUCGCUCGACGAGCUGAGGGACCCAGCCAUGGCUAAGGCUGAGGUCCUUGUGCUGGGCCAUCCCCAGGGAGAGCACUGGGCCCGCCUGGCAGCCAAGGCCAGCAGGGUGCAGCCGUGGCCCACGCACCCCAGCUUCAUCCCCAAACUCAUGGGGCCGAUGCUGAAGAGUGUGAUGGGGUCCAGGCGGGGCCCAAGAAGCAGAUCGCGGGGCGCCCCGUUGCCCUCGAGGGGCUGGUGCAGGCUGGCGUUGACCCUUGCCAGGGCGAGCAGAGCCUCAUUUUUGCGAUGGGCCGAGGUUUGCGAGGCAGUUUGAAUAAUAUGCGUCUUUUUCUUGAUGGUAAAGUUCUUUGCAGCAGCGGAGUGGUGCUUUCUUCUACAAGUUUUUGAGCGUUGCUCUUGUAUUCCUAUCGAGAUCAUACUUUGAACGCUAUUUGUUUACCUGGCACUCGAAGGGGUGGUGGAAGAUAGCUGAGGCUGUGGAGUGGCUCCCGAGGGAGUCCAGUGCCGCAGGUCCGUGGGCAGCGAACGCGGGUGUGUGGCAAGACGGAAACACAAACUAUUGCCCCACACAGAUUGCGCUUAGACCACCUAGCUUACAC